AUGCUGCAUAUAAGGGGCCAGGGCCUGGUAGUUCCCUGCGAGGAGCCAAUAGGCUUGGACCCGGCAGAGCCUGGAGUCCUGGAACCAGCUGAUGAAGGGGGCCUAGAGACACCAGCGGAAGAGGGAGGCCUAGAGGCAGCAGCGGAAGAGGGAGGCCUAGAGACAGCAGCAGAAGAGGGAGGCCUAGAGACAGCAGCAGAAGAGGGAGGCCUAGAGACAGCAGCAGAAGAGGGAGGCUUAGAGACAGCAGAUCCCGGAGUCCUGGAGCCAGCAGAAGAAGGAGGCCGAGAGAUAGCAGCGGAAGAUGGGGGCUUAGAGACAGCAGGGCUCGAAGUCUUGAGACCAGACGAUGAAGGGGCCUUGGCCGAAGCACGAGCGGCCUUCUUGGCACGGCAAGUGGCCGGGCACGUGACCCUCCUCUCGAGGAUCGAACGCCUCUGCACGUUGGGGCUGUUUGAAAAGCCGGUCCAGGUGCUGUAG